CCAUCCACUUCAAUAAGACAACAUAGUCCUGUCUGUCACGUGGCCCCCACCACCCCAACGGACCCCGCUUCUUCCUCCGGAAAACGUCGUCUCCGGAGCACCAGAGUCGCGACCGCCGGUAGCCCUCCUCACUCCCGCUUAACCAUCCUCGCCGUCGGAUGCGACCGCGGCGGCCCCAAUGGCGUCCUCCUCCGCCGCCGAGCCAGGCGCCCGCCUCUCCGAUCGGACGAGGAGGUCGCCCCUGGGCCUGAGGGCCAUGGUUCUCCUGAUGCACGUGGUCUUCGUCGGCGCCGUCUUCCUGCUCGAUUCGACCCUCGAUAGGCGGAUCCACGAGGAGCCGUGGUAUAUUGGAGUGUAUGGUGUGCUUGUUCUGAUCACCUUAGCGCAAUACUUCUACACUGCUGGUUCAUCUCCAGGCUAUGUUAUUGAUGCAAUGCAAGCCAGUGGUGGGAUGCAUGCAACCUUCAUCAAUACUGCCACUCUUUCAAAACAAUCCAGUUCAAAACAUGGAAGCUUAAAGUCCUCCACAAACCGGCCUGAUCUAGAGAAACUUAGACCAAUGUCUUCUUCAUCGUCAUGGUUGCAUCAAAUUGUGGAUCUUUAUCCUCCUGGGUCAAGCAACAGGGAUUGGACUUGCCAAUAUUGCAAAAUUAUCCAGCCACCUCGUACCAGGCACUGCCAUGAUUGUGAUAAAUGCGUCCUUCAGUUUGACCAUCACUGUGUUUGGCUUGGAACGUGCAUUGGCAAAAAGAACCAUUGUCGUUUUUGGUGGUACAUAUUUGAAGAAUCAAUCCUGUCUACCUGGACUGUUGCUCUGUACAUUGAGUCACUGCAUUUAGAUAUUGAGAAAGUCUGGUGGAAGGAUUUUAUUGGUGUAAUCCUAUUGGCAAUAUUGAUAUUUAUCCUUAUGUUCCUGCUGUUGUUGUUGAUGUUUCAUACUUAUAUUGCUCUCACAAAUCAAACAACCUAUGAAGUGGCCAGAAGGAAGCGGAUAUUCUACUUAAGGGGAAUUCCUGAUAGAGUUCAUCCGUUCAGUAAAGGCAUAUGCAGGAACAUCUAUGACUUCUGCUUCACUAGAGAGAAUGGAUUUGUUCUCGAGGCCGUGCCCCCAAUUGAGGAGCUGGAAGCCAGAGCAGCCCCGUACACAUGCCGAGAUCUGUUUUGCUGCCGGUGCUGUUGAUACAAACCAUCAUUCGAACUUGCUCGCCAGUGGAAGCAUGUCUUUCGUGAGCUCCGCCAGUAGAUGCCCUUUGAGUUCAUUUUCAUGAGAAAGUGCAUGUACAUUCUUAGCGACAAGAAAAUGUGUGUGCGGUCCGUGGUAUAGAUGACUGUCCCUAUGAUAUGAGCAACAUUUGACUGAAACUAGGUCUCGAGGACAGAAACUGUAUCGGGCGACUGCUCGUGCUUCUGUAUAAAAAUGUGCAUUCGAGUUGUGGUUGUUUA